AUGGCUUCCAGGAUGGCCUCGAUCACCGGCGUCCUGCUCCUGCUCCUAGUCGUGCCGUCUUCUUCCUCCCACGUGAAGUUCGACCUCCAUGGCAACAUCUACCCUGGAGGCUGCAUCUACGUUAGCAUGAGAAUUGGAGAUCAGGUGUACAAUCUUGAUGUCGACACUGGUAGCGUCCUCACAUGGCUGCAGUGCCACAUUCCUAAUUGCGAGGGACCCUGCAAAACGUGGCCACAGCAACACCCAUUGUACAAGCUAAAAUAUGACAAGCUGGUGCCAAGCAUGGAUCCACUCUGUGUGGAGCUGCUUCAACACCCAGGAAAUCCUGAAGGAUCUACAUGCGAGUACAGCAUAGAUUACGUGAAGGGGGUAUCACACGGCUUACUCAUCCGUGACAAGUUCACACUCCCCAUUGCGAGGACUGCCCAUCACAUCAUUCCCUUCGGGUGCGGAUACAAUCAGCAGGGUUUUAAACCAUGUCAGAAUUUGCCUGUGGAUGGGAUAAUUGGGCUUGGGAGGGGCUCGUCGGUGAACCUGGCCUUUCAGCUCAAGAAACAAAAUGUCAUCAAGAAUGAUGUGAUCAGCCAUUGUAUCAGCAUCAGGGGAGGGGGCUUCCUCUUCAUCGGGGAUUACAAGCACCCCAAUAAUGUGGAGUGGGUCACCAUGGAUCGGAAUGCGGAACAUGGUCACUACUCACCAGUCCUCCUAGGAGAGCUGUUCUUCAAUGGGAAGUGGAUUAGUGAGAAGCCAAUGAAGGUGGUGUUUGACAGUGGUUCCACCUACACCUACUUUGAUAGGCAGCCAUACAAAGCGACUGAAGAUGCGGUGAUAGGCUCUCUCCACAAAUCGCUUACAACGGUGCGUGACAAUGAGUUCAAGCUAUGCUGGAAAGGGACUAAAAUUUUCAAUUCUGUGGACGAUGUCAAGCCACUGUUCAAGCCAAUUUUCCUGACCUUUGGCCGUGGCGGUGCCAAGGGCCACAAGGCCACCUUGGACAUCCCUCCAGAAAACUAUCUCGUUAUUAAAGACGGCAAUGUAUGCUUUGGCAUCUCAGAUCAUCCUCGACUAGGAGAGACUAACUUAAUUGGAGCCAUCACAAUGCAGGAGCGGACAGUGAUCUACGACAACGAGGCAGGUCGGAUUGGAUGGUUCCGUGAUUCGUGCAAGGGAAAGUCUGGAUCUGUGAUCCCUUCGCGCCUCUGA